GGCCUGUGAAGUGCCUCUCAGCCACCCACACUGGUAGGGCUCUGCACUGCUAGCUUCUUGUUUCUCUAUUUUCUACCUAGGUUUCAGUUUUUCACUUGGGUUUGUUUCCCCUUUGUCUCUGGUUCAGCUUCCUUUUCCUGUUUGGUUUUAAGUAGUCUAUAAAAAUCAAGUUGCUGUCUUCAGAGGGUCUGUGGUCCUCUGAUCAGCAUAGCCCGGUGGGAGUACAGGACUCACCUCCUCAGGGUUCCCUGUGCUGCCACUUUUCAGCCAUGGCCACAAGUGAACAGAGUAUCUGCCAAGCCCGGGCUUCCGUGAUGGUCUACGAUGACACCAGUAAGAAAUGGGUACCAAUCAAACCUGGCCAGCAGGGAUUCAGCCGGAUCAACAUCUACCACAACACUGCCAGCAACACCUUCAGAGUCGUUGGAGUCAAGCUGCAGGAUCAGCAGGUUGUGAUCAAUUAUUCAAUUGUGAAAGGGCUGAAGUACAAUCAGGCCACGCCAACCUUCCACCAGUGGCGAGAUGCCCGCCAGGUCUACGGCUUAAACUUUGCAAGUAAAGAAGAGGCAACCACGUUCUCCAAUGCAAUGCUGUUUGCCCUGAACAUCAUGAAUUCCCAAGAAGGAGGCCCCUCCAGCCAGCGUCAGGUGCAGAAUGGCCCCUCUCCUGAUGAGAUGGACAUCCAGAGAAGACAAGUGAUGGAGCAGCACCAGCAGCAGCGACAGGAAUCUCUAGAAAGAAGAACCUCGGCCGCAGGGCCCAUCCUCCCACCAGGGCAUCCCUCAUCUGCAGCCAGCGCCCCCGUCUCAUGUAGUGGGCCUCCACCACCACCACCACCCCCAGUCCCACCUCCACCCACAGGGGCUACCCCACCUCCCCCACCCCCACUGCCAGCUGGAGGAGCCCAGGGGUCCAGCCACGACGAGAGCUCCAUGUCAGGACUGGCCGCUGCCAUAGCUGGGGCCAAGCUGAGAAGAGUCCAACGGCCAGAAGAUGCAUCUGGAGGCUCCAGUCCCAGUGGGACCUCAAAGUCCGAUGCCAACCGGGCAAGCAGUGGGGGUGGCGGAGGAGGCCUCAUGGAGGAAAUGAACAAACUGCUGGCCAAGAGGAGAAAAGCAGCCUCCCAGUCAGACAAGCCAGCUGAGAAGAAGGAAGAUGAAAGCCAAAUGGAAGAUCCUAGUACCUCCCCCUCUCCGGGGACCCGAGCAGCCAGCCAGCCACCUAACUCCUCAGAGGCUGGCCGGAAGCCCUGGGAGCGGAGCAACUCGGUGGAGAAACCUGUGUCCUCGAUUCUGUCCAGAACCCCGUCUGUGGCAAAGAGCCCCGAAGCUAAGAGCCCCCUUCAGUCGCAGCCUCACUCUAGGAUGAAGCCUGCUGGGAGCGUGAAUGACAUGGCCCUGGAUGCCUUCGACUUGGACCGGAUGAAGCAGGAGAUCCUCGAGGAGGUGGUCAGGGAGCUGCACAAGGUGAAGGAAGAGAUCAUCGACGCUAUCAGGCAGGAGCUGAGCGGGAUCAGCACCACGUAAGGGGCCUGCCUCGCAGCGCUGAGACGUCGAGUCCAUCCGGCGACAGAGUACAGCCAGGAGCCCAGCCAGCCCCAGACUCCAGUGCACCGGAGCACACACAGGAGCCUGGGCGCUCUGCCGUGAAACGUCCUGACCUGUGACCACACGUUACAGUGAGGAAACCAAGUGCAACUCCUGGGUUUUUUAGAUUCUACCUGACACAGAACACCAGGUCUGCUCAUCUUUUUUGUGUUUUAUAUUUGCUUAUUUAAGGUACAUUUCUUUGGGUUUCUAGAGAGAUGCCCCUAAGUCACCUGCUUCAUUAGACGGUUUCCAGGUUUUCUCCCAGGUGGCGCUGUUAGCGCCUCAGCUGGCAGUGACCGCCAGCCCGGCGUGGCGCCACUGCACACCGCAGAGCUGUCCAGGCGCAGCUCUGUCCCCAGCGCUCAUGGUGUUGAAACUGUCAUGCACCACGGUGUCUGUGUCCACACAGUAAUAAACAGUUUACUGUCCGCA